AUGUCGGUCGUCGUGCGCGCCCACGAGCAUGGCGCCAGCAUGAAGCUGAUCCAGGAGGCGCUCAAGCCCCUGACCAAAGGCUCAGCCGCGCUGGCGUUUGUGUCGGUGGGGGACAUCAUUGAUACGGACGAAACGGACGUGUACCUGAAGGGCCACGGCACCCAGAUCGUCGACGACAAGCUCGUGGCCACCCAGUGCGGCCUGGUGACGCGCACCGACAAGCUGAUCAGUGUCAAGCCGCCCAAGGAGCGGUGA